GUCGGGCCCCGACAAAGACUCAACAAGUUGAAGUCGGAUUCUGACUUAGAAUAAACAUGUUAACUUCGGGCCCCGACAAAGGAUAAACAUGUCGAAGUCGGGCUUCUAUCAAGAUUACACAUGACGAAAUUAAAUCUGGCGGGAAAAUGUUGGCAUACACAGGGUGGCAGCCACGUGAAAACCAUGCAUUAGCUUCUGAAGCACUGCAGAGGUGAGAGGUCCUGAUUGACGUGCCUCCAACCAAUUUAUUGAUAACAUAUCAAUUGACACUGAAUAUAAGAUGAGUUUUGUAUAGACCAGCAUUAGGGGACCCACAAAGGAUGACAUUGCCGCAGAGACGACUGAACAGAAUUAACACUGCCUGUUUCCUUACAUAUAGGAUUCUUUGCGACUACAAAAAGAGAUGGAAACAUAGAGACAAACAAUGAGAAAAUCUAAAUCCUGAAGCCUGGAAAUAAACACAUGGAGCUCCUUGAAAUUUACUAUAAAAGCUCUGAAGUCAAAAAACAAAAGAAUCAACAGCAUUAAAAGGAACAACAGCAGGAACAGCAAAAAAUAGAAACAACAGCAAUGGUAGAAAAAACAACGAAAAUAGCAAGAAUAGAAACAACAGCAGGAACAUCAAAAAUAGAUACAACAGCAAUAGUAGAAAAAACAACGAAAACAGCAACAAUAGAAACAACAGCAGGAACAGGAAUAAAAGAAACAACAGCAGGAACAGCAUUAAAAGAAACAACAAAAGGGACAGCACAAAUGGAAACAACAGCAGAAAUAGCAGUAAAAGAAACAACAACAGGAACAGUAAUUAAAGAAACAACAGAUAGAACAUCAAAAAAAGAAUCUACAGCAGAAACAGCAAAAAAAUAAACAACAGCAGGAACAGCAAUAAAAGAAACAACAGUCGGAAGCAUACUCCCGAAAUCGGACAAGGUCCCGAAGUCGGAAAUAUACUCCCAAAGUCAGAAACGUGCUCUCGAAAUCGGACAAAAAGUUCCCGAAGUCAGAAAAUACUCCUGAAAUCGGACAAGUUCCUGAAAUCGAACUCAUAUUCCCGAAAUCGGACACAAAAUCUCCGAAAAGUGGAAACUUUAAUGGCGAAUACAUGUCUUAAAACCUCCACUUGCACAUUGAACGUGGACGGGAAAGGUUGUGUGUCUGUUUAAUUCAUCAAGAAGGAUCAAAAACUUUAAAAAUUAGAACAGGGUUCAGAGGAAACCAGCAAUUCAGCAUAAACCAGCAAUCUUGCGAAUACCAGAAAUCCAGCUAAAACAAGCAAUCCAGCGUAAACAAGCAAUCCAGCGUAAACAAGCAAUCCAGCGUAAACAAUUGCAAUCCAGCAUAAAACCAGCAAUCCUGCGUAAACAAGCAAUCCAGCAUAAACCAAUAAUCUAGCGUAAACAAGCAAUCCAGCAUAACCAGCAAUCCAGCAUAAACAAGCAAUCCAGCAUAAACCAGCAAUCCAGCGUAAACCAGCAAUCCAGGAUAAACAAGCAAUCCAGCUUAAACCAACAAUCCAGCAAAAAACCAACAAUCCAGCAUAAACAAGCAAUUCAGUGUAACAAGCAAUCCAGCGUAAACAAGCAUUCCAGCGUAAACAAGCAAACCAGCAUAAACAAGCAAUCCAGCGUAAACCAUAAAUCCAAGACGAACCAGAAAUCCAACACGAACCAGAAAUCCGGCGUAAACAAGCAAUCCAGCCUAAACAGCUAUCUAUUGUAAAACUACUUGGCGCCAUUAACAAGACGGAUAAAACUUUUAUAAAAAAUUUAAGGAUUUUAAAGCAGAAGUUUGAAUCCAUCUGAUUAAGUGGAGUUUAAUUAAACAAGUAGAACUCUAAUGGAAACGUACGAGGAAGAUUAUGGAAAGGAAAAUAGAAAAAGAAAAGAGGAGAAGAAGAUAAAUAUCUUACCUCACCUAGAAAAUAAAAUUGUGAUUUAAGUAUUUGGGAUUUUUUAACAAUCUACAAACUGGAGAUGGUGAAAUGAUAAUAUUUCAGAAAAAUGAGUAAACCAAUACCAUGCAGGUACUUCUCAAAAGGAUACUGCAAACAUGGGAGGAAAUGCUGGUUUUCUCACGAAGUAAAAGAUCAGCAUGGAAAUGUUGAUGUACGAAACAGGUCGGGUUCUAAUUACGGUGGUCACAGUUCUGCAGAUCAGAAACAAAAUGGUUCACCACCCAUUCACAAAUUUCGUGAAAGGAGAGACGGGAAUUCAUCACCUGGGGGUAAAUCUUGUGAAAAGGGACGCAAUAACGCAUCACCUAGACGCAGAUCUCAUGAAAGGAGAAACAGGAAUUCAUCACCUAGACGCAGAUCUCAUGAAAGGAGACAGGAAUUCAUCACCUAGACGCAGAUCUCAUGAAAGGAGACACAGGAAUUCAUCACCUAGACGCAGAUCUCAUGAAAGGAGAAACAGGAAUUCAUCACCUAGACGCAGAUCUCAUGAAAGGAGACACAGGAAUUCAUCACCUAGAUGCAGAUCUCAUGAAAGGAGAAACAGGAAUUCAUCACCUGAACGCAGAUCUGGUUAUAGGGAAAAUAAAUCAAACAGAGACAGAUCCCAUGAAAGACCAAACCAGAGAACUCCAGACAGAGACAGAUCCCAUGAAAGACGAAACCAGAGAACUCCAGACAGAGACAGAUCCCAUGAAAGACGAAACCAGAGAACUCCAGACAGAGACAGACCCCAUGAAAGACGAAACCAGAGUACUCCGAACGGAGACAGAUCUCACGAAAGACGAAACCAGAGAACUCCAAACAGAGACAGACCCCAUGAAAGACGAAACCAGAGUACUCCGGACGGAGACAGAUCUCACGAAAGACGAAACCAGAGAACUCCAGACAGAGACAGAUCCCAUGAAAAACUAAACCAGAGAACUCCGGACAGAGACAGAUCUCUCGAAAGACGAAACCAGAGAACUCCGGACGGAGACAGAUCUCUCGAAAGACAAUACCAGAGAACUCCGGAGGGAGACAGAUCUCUCGAAAGACCAUACCAGAUAGCUCUGGACUUAGACAGAUCUCUUGAAAGACAAAACCAGAGAACUCCGGAUGGAGACAGAUCCCACGAAAGACAAAACCAGGGAACUCCGGACAAACACAGAUCCCAUGAAAGUCUAAACCAGAGAAAUCCGGACAGAGACUUAUCCAACGAAAGACUAACUCAGAGAACUCGUGUCAAAGACGGAUCCGGGGACAAAUGCCAACAGAGUUCAUCCAGUCAUUUUGGGUACUCACAACACCUGAACGGAUUAAUCCAGAUGAACCCUUCUGGUUUCUAUACAUCAGAAAGGGCACCAGGUCCUAAGCAACGAGAUCCUCAGUUUAACCGUGCACCCGGACUCAUUUUAAGAGCUCUAGCACAAGUCCAUCAGGGACGGGAGGAUGAGAGCUAUACUAAACUUAAGAUCCAGAAAUUGAUCCAGACCAAGUUUCAAGACAGACACCCGGGGUUCCAUGCUGUAGAAGCUGCUCUUAGUUCUCGGAGUCUUCAGGGUAAAGGGUGGAUUCUGAAAACCAAGGAUGAAUAUAAGAUCACAGAGUCCGGAUUGAAAAUGGGUCAAAAAUUGAACCAGAAAGCAGAAGAUCAUAAACUUGUGUAUGGUGAAAAGCUGCCUGUUAAGAUAGAGUAUUGUGAAAACCUGCCUGUUAAGAUGGAGUAACGAAUUGUUUGUGGCUUAAGCAUUAAACCACCGAGUUAAAUAUGUACAAUUGAAAAUUACUAGUGGCAUGUUUAAUAUGUUAAUGUCAUCGCAAGGGGAGUUUUUAAAUAUGGUAAUGUCUUUGCAAAUAAGCAACGUUUCUUUUCUAACAUUUAUGUUCUAUGGCAUUUAAUCAUCAGUUUCUAAGCUUCCUUUACGAAACUAUUCAUUCAUAUUUUGACGAAUAUUUGUACCAAACCCUGUUUUUUACUGAGACAAAGAUGUUCAUGCUUAGCCUGGAACGAUAUUUUUAAACUUUUUACUUACUGUAUGCCUUCCCGGAUAAUAAUAUUCCAUAUCAACCCGGCUGAUAAAUAAGAAUAUUUUGUGUCCUAUUUACAAAUAUGUUGGAAAGUGUUUGUUUUAUUGCAGUAUGCACGUUGCCCACUGCAAAUAUUAGUAAAUUUUAUUAUGCCAAUAUAUCGUGUGAUUAAAAUUCACUGUUAAAAUAAACUUUGAU